AUGAAUAAUUGCAAAGAUGCAUUCGCAAUUCGCAGAUAUGCAGGAUAUCCUAGCUAUUUUAUCCCUAUGACCUGUAACCCUGAAUGGGAUGAGAUAAAAAAAGAAGUGACUCCCAUUGGAUUAAAGGCAGAAGACCACCCUGAUAUAUUGUGUCGAGUUUUCAAAAUCAAGCUUGAUGGUUUGAUUGAUGACCUAAAAAAGAGAAAAAUCUUUGGCAAAAUUUUGGGAUAUGUUUGCACUAUAGAGUUUCGAAAGAGAGGGCUUUCGUAUGCACAUAUCCUUUUAUUCAUGAGUAACAAGUUCAAGCCACAAAUACCAGAUGACAUAGACAAACAUAUAACAGCUGAGAUUCCUGAUGAAAAUGAAAGGCGAAAUCUACAUGGAGCUGUUCGAAAUUACAUGGUACAUGAGAAAGAAUCAUUUGUGAUUAGACUUCCAUUCUAUUUGGAGGAUGAGAAACCUGUGAUUUAUAGUGAAACUUGUAAUGUGAAUGAUACCGUCGAAAGAGCAGUAUCUCAUAAGUCCAUGUCUUUGAGAUGGAUGGCAGCGAACAUGUCAUAUCCCUAUGCUUAA